GUGACACUAGUUGGUUCGUUUUGGUUCCCUCUCCCUUUUUGGUUGACUUGGCUUGGAGCUUGGCUAAAGUUUAUUUAUAAUUAGUUUCGGUCAGUUUGAGUUUUCAUUCCACUAUUUUCAGGAAAAUUGUGACCCCCGCCAACUAAUGUCCGCCCAUAAGAUCAGUAAUCAGGCCCCUCCUGCCGAUAUCAAUGGGGAUGAUCAUUCUUACCGCCAAAGGGUGGCUGUCCAUUUCAGGUUGAGCGCCCUGAACAAAUCCAGACUAAAGACUUGUAUGUUCUUCCAUUAUUUACUGUGGUUGGUGAUGCUUUCCAAGCUGGCCCCUUUUAUUUUAGACAAGUUCAACUUUUUCAUCCUCGUUAUUGAAGAACUUGAAAUUCCUGAGCCAUAUGCUUGGGAAUGGAUAUGGAUGAGCAGUAUAACAGUUUCAAUAUUUGCUAUGGAUGCCUGCAAGAAAAACAAUAUUGCAAGUCUGCAAUACUAUAUGAUUGGCAUUGUGCUAUCAGGGUAUGUUCCGCUGAUAUGGAGUGCAGCCCUCUGGUUUCCUGAUGUCUGGGCAUACCUGUUUGCCGAUGAUGCACCGUGGACUAUUAUAUACUGGAAUAACUAUCCUGCUGGAAUCCUAUGGUAUUUCUUUAUAAUACUUCCCCUCCAGGUACAUGGUUUCUCCAUAUAUUUCAGUUUCCAAUUGCUGAAUGCUUGGAAGGCCAGAGGCACUCAUAUGGCUGAGUAAACGGCCAAGAAUCCAAGAACUGAGAUGUGUCUGCUCUCUUUGAGAUUUCCUAAUUUAUUUUCUUAUUGUUUGUACUUAGAAUUAUUGUUUUUGUUUUUUUUUUGAGCAACCUAUUCAGUUACCUCUAAGGUAACUAAUUCCUCAAAGGUGCCAUUCAGUUUUGUUACUUUUCAUAUAUUUUAUCUGUUUCCUUUAAGAAUAGAUUAGAAGUACUAUUUUAUUCUAAGCUGCCAGUAUAAUAUUUGAUAUACAUAUAUUUUGAUUAAUAUUGGCUGUACUUCAAAUUUUUAUCUAGUUUUACAAUCAGAUGUGAUAUUGGUAUUAAAAAAACACUGGCAAAUUAGAAUUAUUGUUUGCAAUGAAGCCAUUGAACCAACUUUGGUAUAAUUGUCAUUUGUUCAAUUUAUUUACAAAAAACUUUGUGUUUGUAUAAUAAUGACUUGAUACAAAGUUGAAUCGAAUGAGUGUAUGUUAUGAAAAUAAAAUGAAAUAUCUUUGCUACAUAAAACUUCUUACCACCUGCCAAUGUAUAUAACUCAUUGUAUGUAUAUAACAAUUAAAAAAAUAAGUCUUUGGUUUACCACAAAUUUCAUGAAACUUUGAUUGGUGCAAACCUCAGAGUAACACUAUAUAAAUAGAAAGGGCAAGUCAUUCAUAAAAUCGUUUGGUUUCUGCGGCCAACAAUCCUAAACGACAAUAGUGGAUUAAUGAAUGAACUACAUGGAGUGGGGAUAAGAUUGCGGACAAUGCGGGCCAAUUACAAACAAAACCCGUUUGACAUUUCUUACUAUAAAUACUAGAGCGCAUUCGCGAUUAUGGUCGGGCUUGCUCCGGCAAUAUUUGCAUUCUUCUUUAUCUGGUUAUCUUAACAAAGACAAAACGAUUCAGGUGGGAGUUCCUAGACGAAUACAACCAGCUUUCGAGUUUAUGGGCAGUGUUGCCAUUGUCAGCUACCACAAAUUCUUAUUCAAAUUUUAUUGUGAUAAUAGAUUAUUAUUUUAUAUAAUAAUUAUUCCUAUUCAAUUUUGGAAAGCACCACGAUAUUUUAUGUUAUAAUUGUAUAUACAUAUACCAUAUACCUAUCUAGGUUUUUAUAUUUACAAUAUAUUUUUUCCAAUUUCCCUGCAAAUAAGGACAAAUUAUAAAUAUGGCACAUCUGCACCAAGUGUCCGCAAGUGAUCUUAGAAUGGGAGUCAAUGUUUGGGGCAUAUUUUAAUCAUAAUAAACCUAUCUAUUUCAUGUGUUAAUCUGAGGUGCAAACCGUAUUUUGAUAUCUUCAAUUGUUAGGGGGCAUUUCUCAAUUUUGAGCAUUACUGUGGAACCUUCAUGACUUUUUUAUUUGUAAAAAUAAUUGAUUUUUGAAUAAACUUUC